AUGGGCUCUCCUUUUCCUACUUCUAUUGCUCCUCCUCUCUCUACCCGUAACGCUCUCGCGCCCCAGCAACCUUCCCCCUCCCAUGGCUCCGCGAUCUACAUCGUCCGCCUGCGCUCUGCACCGCCCAUUGCCUCGUACCGCGGCGGAUUCGCCGGCUACCCGGCAACGGCCGCUUGGGACAACAACCCUAACGGCCACACUCCAGGCGCCGCAUCAAGCGAUGAGGCCGGCGAUGGCGUUGGCGCGGCUUCUGUUCCAAGCAACGGUAGCGUUGGCACUGCGUCUGUUGCUCCUGCUGCUGCGGCUGCUGCCACUGCCACCAGCGGUUCAGGGGGCACAAACCGUCCGCUGUGGCGGCCGCGGUUGAACGUGAGGGCGCCGGGCGUGAGGGCGUUCAAGCAGCUGCUGCAGCGCAUGCAGCAGGCCGUGCUGAGAGACAGCGGGGUGGCUGCCGGGAAGAUGCGUGGUGCUGCAGCAGCGCAUGCAAAGGGCGGUAAUGCAGCAGCGCAUGCAAAGGGCGGUAAUGCAGCAGCGCAUGCAAAGGGCGGUCAUGCAGCAGCGCAUGCAAAGGGCGAUAAUGCAGCAGCGCAUGCAAAGGGCGAUAAUGCAGCAGCGCAUGCAAAGGGCGGUAAUGCAGCAGCGCAUGCAAAGGGCGGUAAUGCAGCAGCGCAUGCAAAGGGCGAUAAUGCAGCAGCGCAUGCAAAGGGCGGUAAUGCAGCAGUGCAUGCAAAGGGCGAUAAUGCAGCAGCGCAUGCAAAGGGCGGUAAUGCAGCAGCGCAUGCAAAGGGCGAUAAUGCAGCAGCGCAUGCAAAGGGCGGUAACAGCUACGUGCACACGGACAACGGCUUCUCGGCGGCCCUCACGGCAGCGCAGGUGCAGCGCAUGAGGCGGCACCCCUCUGUGGCAUCUGGCUACAGCAGCACGCCCCCUGCCGGGUGGGCGGGCACGUGUCCCACUACAAGCGACUUCGCUUGUAACAACAAGAUCAUCGGAGGGGGCAUCUUUCGCGCGGGGUUUGAGAGCGAAUAUGGAGGACAGGGCCGACACGAUGACGAGUGGGCCUCCCCGCGCGAUUCUGAUGGCCAUGGCACGUGGUGUGCCGGAGCGGCAGCGGGCAACAGCGGCGUGGAGGUGCCUGGCGGAGGCACCAUCAGUGGCGUGGCUCCCCGGGCACGCCUGGCCGUCUACAAGGUGUAUUGGUAUCUGGGCGGACCUGGCGAGUCUGUCACUACCGACGCAGAUGUCUUUGCAGCCGUUGAUCAGGCAGUGGCGGACGGUGUGGAUGUGCUCACCUUGUCCCUGGACAACACGAACAGAAACGCGGACUGGGAUCAGUUUGACAAGUGGAAUUGGACCUACUUUGACGACGUGCCUUUCAUCGGCGCUCUUGCAGUGGGUGCCGGGGUGACUGUGUCUUUUGCAGUGGGCGAUGAGGGGAGGUCCUUUUACCGUUACCUGUACGGUCCUUUCCCUGCCAUUGACAACUUUGCACCCUACUAUAUCAGCGUGGGGGCCAGCCCUCUUGCCGCGCGGGGCUGCACUGUCUGCCGCCCGAAGAAAGCCCGCCCCUCCAACACCAUUCUCAAGCCCGACAUCAUCGCCCCGGGGGCCGACAUCCUUGCGGCUGCUCCCGGGACAACCGUCGGCGAGACGGGGUCGUUUUCGGCUUACAAUAACGAGACUGCCGUGGCGGCGGCGCAUGUGGCCGGUGUGGCUGCUCUGAUCAUCCAGCAGCAUCUUGAUUGGACGCCCGCGCAGGUCAUGUCUGCCAUGAUGACGACAGCUGGCAGUACAGACAACAGCAACAGAAUGAUCCGGAAUGUGAACGGCAAGCCGGCGACUCUGUGGCAGAUGGGAGCGGGGCAUGUGUUUCCCGCUAGGGCGCUUGACCCUGGGCUGACCUACGAUGCCGAGGAGCAAGAUUUCCGCAACUUUCUUGCUGGGAUGAAUUUCACAAUGGCCCGAGAGGCAUUCGGGCAGGUGCCACUGAAACCCGUUGCAGCGAGGCACCUAAACCGGCCGUCUAUCUCGCUGGUGAACAUACCACUGGUAGUGAAUAAACUCGCCGCUAGGCGGACUGUGACGAGUGUCUCAGGCACCACAUCGACGUAUAGGGUGACGGUUACUGUCCCUGAGGCAGUGAGAGUGAGGGUGGUGCCAUCGCAGUUCACCAUAGCGCCGGGGCAACGGGUCAGUUUCAAAGUGAAGGUUGUGGUGAGGAGGACGUUCAACAACUUCAAGUAUGUGUCGCGUUAUUAA